AUGCAAUUGAAUAGUCUGUCAUACGAACGUAGUGACACUGAUCAAAGCUCUCUCGACUCUAUUGAGCGCGAAUUGACCGCAAUCAAACAAGACACAACACACCUCUCUGGCAAGAAUAAUACAGAAGAAAUCAAACGCGCGAACAACAUGGCCAAGCUGUAUCAGCUGGCAGGGCUCAUUUAUUUUGAGCGUGUUUUGAAAAGAUCCCCCAACAACAAACAAGUGAAAGAAUGGGCUACUGAAGCUUUUGGUCUUCUCCGGGAGUCUGUGAUAUGUGAGCGAGCAUUUCCGCUAUUUUUUAUAGCAUGCGAAGCGCAAAACGAUAUCCAGCGGGAGCUCAUUCUCUCUGUAUUUGAAAAUACACAUAAACGGUCCCAUCAGCGCAGGCUGUAUGCCGUGCAAGGAAUGAUUGAGUCCAUGUGGGUGCAGAACGAUCUAAUUAUGGAUUCAAACACACAGUGGAGGACGUAUGUCGAUACGUUGAACACUAUCAUGUCUUCGAAUGAGCUUCUGCCAACACUAGCCUAG